UGAAGCGUCUCGUGCUUUUAAACUCGAGCAGCCAUUCCCUCUCUGACAUUCCUCUCUGGACACAAUACCUUUCGGGAUUCUUGCCAAAAUACAAAGGUGCAUCUAUCAUAAUCCAACAUUCUUUUCAGAUCCCAUCUUGCGUGCGAGAAAUACUAGGGGCGCUGGUCUUCAAGACCAAAGAGGCCGAUCCUCGAGAUCAAGAUGAGUGGAACGGAAUACUCAUACGAUGAACAGGGACAAUUCUUCCCGUUCUUCGUUCUCACCGUCGUGGGGAUCGUCACCGUUCCUUUGACAUACUCUGUCCUGAAGCCCAGUACAGACCUUGGUGCCACUGCGCCUAGGAUAACCACAGACUUCCGACCAGAACAUGCAGAUCUGAUCGAUGGCCAAAGAAAAGCGCAGAAGAGGAAGGAGCGGAGGGUGAAGCGCGCCAUCACUGUAAUUGUCGGGUGGGCGAUAAUGGCUUUCAUGGCCUAUCUGAUUGUGGUCACUGCGCGAACAGUACCCAAGAUUUGGAAUCCAUAUGAUAUCUUGGGCAUAUCAAGUUCCGCCACAGAGAAACAAAUCAAGUCGCACUAUAAGCGUAUGUCACUCAAAUACCAUCCGGAUAAGAUCAGACCAGACCCGUCGAAGAAUGAGACGAUCGAAAUGCUCAAUGACCACUUUGUCGAGAUUACAAAGGCAUACAAAGCGCUCACCGACGAGGAGGUCCGAAAUAAUUAUAUCCAGUAUGGCCAUCCUGAUGGCAAACAGAGCUUCAGCAUUGGUAUUGCUCUACCCAAAAUCAUGGUCUCUGAUGGUAAUGGGAAAUACGUGAUUCUGGUAUAUUCAAUCAUGCUCGGAGUCCUGUUACCCUAUCUAGUCGGUACUUGGUGGUACGGAACGCAACGAAUGUCCAAGGAGGGGGUCCUGAUGGAGAGUGCCAAUAGCCUCUUCCGCGAGUACGAGGACAGCAUUACGGAAGGAGGGAUCAUCAGCGCUCUGAGCACUGGUGCUGAAUUUCAACACAUCUUGAAAGGCGAGAAGGCCGAAUCGGGUCUGGGAAAAUUAGAAUCGAGAAUCCUCGCGGAGGGUGUUGCGACUCCCUUCGCUGGUGGAUUAUCUGUCAAGGACCGGACAAAGCUAGAAGACUUGGAUGGUGGUGUUCGACGAAAGGCCCUUGGACUUCUCUGGGCAUACCUUGGCCGCGUUGAACUCGACGAUCCUGCCCUCAACCAGGCAAAGAUCCAGGUUGCGCCAAUCGCUCAUGCUCUCAAUUCUUCAUUUACCGCUAUUUCUCUGGCAUUCGGAACAACUGCGCCCAUUCUCGCUUCGUACCUCACGUCCCAGAACUUACUGCAAGCUAUACCUCCAGGAGGCUCUCCCCUUCUCCAGCUCCCAUAUUUCACUCCAGCUAUUGCCAAGGCCGUUGAAGGCGACGCGAAGACGCAUUUAACUUUGCAGCAAUACAUGGGUUUACCAGAGGCGUAUCGACAUAAGCUGUCCGUUGGCGAUGGUCUCCUGACCGAGUCACAAUACCAGACUGCCAUGACUGUGGCCAAAAAGCUACCUCGUCUGCAAGUUGAAAAGGCGUUCUUCAAAGUCACUGGUGAGAAAUUCGUCACGCCUAGCUCGCUGGUAACUCUAGUGGUUAAGGGAAGAUUCAUACCUCCCGGAAGCGCAAACAUACCGCAGGUUAAUGAGAUUGAUCUGGAAGAUGUGGACCCUGAUGAAGAUGACCUCGAUGCUCUCAUGGGCCGGAAAAAGAAGGCAGUCAAGGGCCAGAAAGCUCCCGAAGAAGACAAGCCUGUUCAACCGCCUCUCACCUUCGCUCCUUAUUUUGCCCGCGACUACUCGCCUCGGUGGCAUGUUUUCCUCACCGACAGCAAACAGGGCAAGAUUGCUGUACCGCCUUUCACAUUCACAACAUUCGACAAGCCAAUUUACGAUGAGAGUGGCAAGCCUACUUUCAACAUGCAGACUCUGAAAGCCCAAUUCCAAGCACCUCCCCAGGCGGGUCAUUACACUUUCGCUCUGCAGCUGAUCUGUGAUUCAUAUGUUGGGUUUGAUACCAAGAUGGAAGUUACAUUGGUUAUCGAAGAAGCGAGCAAGGCGGCUGAAAUCGAGGCUGAGGAUGACAUCAGCGAGCCUGAUGAAGAUUCCCUAGCAGGUGCAAUGAAUGCUCUUAAAACCGGUGGGGCUCCCCCGCCAAAGAAGAAGAAGAAGCCAGUUGAAGAAGAAGAAGAGUCAAGUGAGGAGGAAAGCAACACAGAAGAGGAGGCCGAUGAUACCAGUGAGACAGAUACCGAUACCGAUGAAGAAUAAUUCAAAUUUUACGUUUUCUUUUAUGACGGUUUUGCAUCUUUGCGUCUUUGGAUUCCCUUUUUUCUGGUGGUAACUGUCGUGGUUUGUAAAAUAAGGGGCAUGGGACGGCGUCAGAUACAUAACACAUUGUAUGGGGGAUCUGUUCAGUUGCAAAGUCUGCAUGCAUU